AUGUUUAAGAGAUUUUCAACACCAAUUUUGAAGCCAUACUGGCCCUUCUUUGUAGGAGGAGUGAUCGUUUACUGGGGAGUUGGUAAAGCUGCCAGUGCAUCUGCUCAGACUUCUGAAUUCAUCAACGAUCCUAGAAACCCACGUUUUGCCAGGGGCGAAAAACCCGUGGAAUUGAAAUAG